UUUAGUGUCUAAGAAAUGGAUAUGUCUCCUCCAUCAGACAUGAACAUGAACAUGGACAUGAACAAUGCUACUAUGAUGAAAGACAUGGCUAUGCACAUGAACUUCUACUGGGGAAGAGAAGCAACAAUCUUGUUUCCAGGAUGGCCAAACUACAAUCUUGGCAUGUAUAUACUUUCUCUCUUCUUUGUUUUCUUUCUAGCAAUGGCAGUCGAAGUCCUUUCCAAUAUCCCUUCCAGACGGUUCAUGAAUAAUUCGAUGAUUGGGGGAUUAGUUCAAACCAUAAUCUAUACUAUUCGUAUGGCACUUGCUUACAUGGUUAUGUUAUCGGUUAUGUCUUUCAAUCUCGGAAUCUUCAUUGUUGCUGUCGCUGGACAUGGCAUCGGCUACUUUCUAAUCAAGUUCCGACAACUUACUCAACAGUCACAGGAGGCAGGGAAUAAUAAUAAUAAUAAUAAUGUUCUUCCCAAAUGAUUAAAUAUUUAUUAUGCUUUCAACUUGUUGUAGUUACUACUAAGGGAUUAUUGAUGUUUUCAUAAAUUAAUAGUACUUUUUGUUUUAACAUAAUAAACCACAUUAUCACUUA